ACUAUGAUAUCUCCGUACGCAAAUGCCAUCAACCAUAUUUUAUUAAGUUUGAUAUCAAUUGCUAAAUUUCCCGAGCGAAACUUUGUAGUACUAAACUAACUUCUCUUCUCUGUUUAAAUACAGCUUUCUUUUUGUGUGUUUUGGAAAAGUGGGAACUUUGGAAUCUCUUGUAAGAAAAUAUGAGCACGAAAAAGGAGACCAGGCUACGGAAGUACAUAAAGGUUCCCGUAAAGAUUUUGGUCAAAGCUAGAGACUUGUACAUACAAAGCAUGAAUCAGUUAUCUUCCCAUGACCUUGGCGGCACCAUGUCUUUUGGAAUACCAGUCUGCUCCGUAAGCUCUCUCCCACGAAGUCUAAGCACAAGCCACUCCCAAAAUUCCGCGAGGGCCAUAGAGGAUCGUGUAGCUCAGCUUGUAAGAUCCGCAUCAGCUAGGAGUACGACCGUUUAUACGUGCCAUGGACCGCCCAUGAAAUUGAGGAAGGCAAAGAGUGUGAGAAGUUGCGAUGAUCAUCACAGGUUUGAGAGAAUUGAUGAGACAAGUCCUUUGAUUAAUUUUGGGAGUAAUCACAAGAUGACUCAAAGGAGUAAGAGUUACAGUGUUGCUAAGUAUACUUACGCGCUCCAGUAACUAUUGUAUGUAAUAUUCCGUUUCUUGUGUGGUUCAGUGUAGGG